CGCAAGGCUCUUUUUCUGUAUCAAUAAAAAUAAAUAGUGAAUAAUAUCAGACUUAAAAAAAAAAAACUUGGUGGGCAAGGCUAUUUCUCUGUAUUAAUGGGAGAUCAUUAGUUCUCUCUCUCUUGGCUUUUUUUUUUGGUUUAACAGCACUCACUCAUAUGUCUUUGUUUCUCAGCCGUCUUGGAGUGAGAAGAUCCUCCUCCGUUUCUCUUCUUCUUCUUCUUCUCUCUAACGCCUUCUCAACUAAUUCCUUGCGGCAAACCCCUCCUUGUUCCAUCAUGGGCGCUAUUCCUAGUGAAAACGGUCUAGGAACACUCUCAGUUGCCUAUGCUAAUCUACCUUCCUGGAGUCUAGUGGACAAGUUUAUACCUAUGGAGUUGGUGUUUAACGGUUAUGAUGAUGAAAAAACCCUAACGAUAGGGGCAUCUCAUGGGUGGAUAGCUACUCUGAAGGAAGAUGGAAUCCUGCGUCUCGUAGACGAUCUAAACCCUGUGGCAUCCGGUGCAAAUCCGAAACGUAUCCCUCUGCCUCCUCUUGUGACUCUUCCUCAUUGCCAAACCAAUAUCAUCACCAACGUGUCAAUGUCAUCAUCUCAUCCAGAGGAUGAUGAGGACUGUGUCGUGGCUGUCAAGUUCUUAGGACCUCAGCUCAGCUUUUGCAAACCAGCUGGUCAGAGUAAACCGGAGUGGACCAACAUUAAGAUCGAAAAUCCUUGCUUCUUCUCCUCCUCCCGUGUCAUGUAUUCCGAGAAAGACAACAUGUUUCGCAUUCUCGGAUCUGGAGGCCACCUCAUCGGGUCAUGGCCACACGUGAGCUUAUGGAUUCGUGCUUCACGAUCGAGCACUUGGUUGAGUCAAGACCCACCGGUGAGACUUUCUUGGUUAAGCAGUACAAGAAGACAGCCAAGAACGAGGAAGGUGUUGACAUAAUGAAAACAGAAUUUUUAAUGGUGUUCAAGCUAGACGAUGAAGGAAACGCUGUCUACACUCAAGACAUGGGAGAUCUCGCCAUGUUCCUCUCCAUGUCUGAACCUUUCUGUGUCCCUGCUUCUUUCUUUCCUGGCAGCAUGUACCGUAACAACGUUAUCAUCUAUGAUUAUGAUGAAAU